CCUGUUCAUUCACCUCCAACCAUCAACAGGGGUCAUACCUUACAGCGAGGGUUUACCCGAGGACUCUAAAUACAUCUCGGAUUAACUUCCAUUGCGAGAUCACUUUAUUUUUUAUUUUUAUCAUGAACAUCUUCUUAUUAUAACGUUUGAAUAUUUCUUAUUAUAACAUUUGAAUAUUUCAAACUACUUUAUUCUUUUUUAAAUUCGCUGCAGAGUUUCAAAGACAUCAUUUUUUUAUUAGCAAUUUAUCAAUUGUGCACCUGGUAAUUUAGGAGAUGAUGUCUAGGUUGCAGAUAUUGCUCUUGUUGUGGGGUGCGGUCUCAAUCACUUGGGCACGAGUUGCACUCAGCGACGUAAUGGAUAAUGGAAUUAAAGAGGAACUAGAACAGACCGACGAACCACUGCUGGAUGAUGAGAUGGACAACCAGGAGAACGUUUUAACUCAGCUGCUGGGAGAUUAUGACAAAGUGAAAACGCUGUCGGAAGGCUCUGACUGUCGCUGUAAAUGUGUUGUCAGACCGCUGAGCAGAAGUGCCUGCCGGCGGAUAGAGGAGGGCGCCGCCAGGGCCGAAGACUUUUACACAGUGGAGACUGUGACAUCGGGGCCCAAUUGUAAAAAGUGUGUGUGUAUAGCCCCACCCUCUGCUCUGAAUCCCUGCGAGGGAGAUUACAGGUUCAAGAAGCUGCAGGAGGCAGGGAAAGAUGACAUCAAGCUCUCAACAGUAAUGGAGUUACUGGAGGGAGCGUUUUACGGGAUGGAUCUAUUAAAGUUGCACUCAGUUACAACCAAACUCCUCAACCGGGUUGACAAUAUAGAAAAGACCUUUUCUUGUAACCACACGGAGAAGGAUAAAGUGAGUGUGAGGAGCCCCUCUAGUGAGGAAAAGGAGAGAAGAGCCCAGCAGAGGAUGGAAAAGAGAAAACGUCUGACUGAGCUGGAGCCGUCCCUGCAGAAGGAUACAGCUGCAGCUUAUGCUAACACAGAGAAGAAGUAUGAGGAGCGCUACAUUGGGGCCAAGGGCCAGGGGUCCACCAGGCCCAUGCUGAAGAGGAGCCAGCCGCAAAACAGGGAGGAGCUCCAGGGGCCCCUGAAAGGCAAGGUGGGACUCAACGGCAUGGUCAUCAGAGGAGUGACUUUCUACAAGGCCAACACGGUGGACGAUAGAGCCGCUGGGGAGCUCACAGCAGACGAAGCCCUGAGCGGUGAUGGUUCCAUGGACUUGCUCAUCGAUGACCAGCUCCUGAGACCCACCCAGCCCAGACCUGUAGCAGGCACCCCGACACCAACAUCGCAAGACAGGAAGUGGAACCCAGACAACCAGGCCACUCGUGCCUCCAAAACAGCCCCUAGUCCCCAAGGGAAUCCCACCACAUCUGCCCUUAGAGCUACCGAGACACCAUCAACCACUCUGUUCAUCCCGACCACAACCAUUCCAACCACAACUACGACCCCAGCAACCACCACUACAAUGGUUGCGACAAGCGCAAGCACCACUCAACCAGCGGCCACUAGGAAACCUGAAACCUUGUCUGUUUUGACGUCUCCAAACGCUGCAGUGCGACAGGUCAACAGCACCACAGCCCCACCCAGCAAGGUGAUGGGUGCGCCCAAACCCAAGCAUCGCAUCAGCUGGACAGAGGGCCCCUCGGCGACCCCUAAAGUCCCUGGCAUGUGCAAAGACACUCUGGCCUCCAUCUCGGACCCAGUGACCCAUAACACCUACGGCCGGAAGGAAGGAGCCUGGAUGAAGGACCCAAAGGGCAACGGAAAUGUCAUAUAUGUCACCAACUACAACUAUGGUAACCACCUACUGGAAUUCCACGACAUGGACAACUUCAAACAAGGACACGUCACCCAUUCCUACAAGCUACCGUACAACUGGAUUGGCACAGGCCACGUGGUGUACAACGGAGCUUUCUAUUACAACCGCGCCUUCUCCCGUGACAUCAUCAAGUUCGACCUGCAUCUGCUCUACGUGGCGGCCUGGACGACGCUGCACGAUGCCGUGUUAGAGGAGGACGCCUCCUGGAGGUGGCGAGGACACUUGGAUAUCGACUUUGCGGUGGAUGAGAGCGGCCUGUGGUUAGUGUACCCUGCUCUGGAUGAGGAGGGCUUCCAUCAGGAAGUAAUCAUCCUAAGCCGUGUGAACCCGACCGACCUCAGCCUCCAGAGUACGUUCAGAACGGGCCUGAGGAGACACUUCUACGGAAACUCCUUUGUCAUUUGUGGUGUCCUGUAUGCGGUGGACAACUACGAACACACCCAUGCCAAUAUAUCCUACGCCUUCGAUACGCACACACACACCCAGAUGAUCCCCAGAAUACCGUUCACAAACAACUACACAUACACGACGCAAAUCGACUACAACCCCAAGGACAAAAAGCUGUACGCAUGGGACAACGGUCACCAGGUGACCUACAAUGUUAUAUUUGCAUAUUAAAAGCAAACGAGUAGUGAUAUAUAUAUAAUAAAGGGACGAGCACUUUUUUGUAUAAAAGAUCCUAAAUAUAUACACUACCGAUCAAAAGUUUAAGAACACCUACCCUUUCAAGGGUUUUUCUUCAUUUUUAUUAUUUUCAACAUUGUAGAAUAAUAAGCGAAGACAUCAAAACUAUGAAAUAACACAAAAAAGUGUUACACAAAUCAAAAUUUGAAGAGUGUGCAAAGCUGUCAUCAAGGCCAAAGGGUGGCUAUUUGAAGAAUCUCAAAUAUAAAAUAUAUUUUGAUUUGUUUAACACUUUUUUUUGGUUACUACAUGUCUUAUUUCAUAGUUUUGAUGGCUUCACUAUUAUUCUACAAUGUAGAAAAUAUAAAAAAUAAAGCAAAACCCUUGAAUGAGUAGGUGUUCUCAAACUGUUGACCGGUAGUGUACAUUUAAUGUCUUAGUGGAUUGUAGAUCAGUCUACAGGGCCAUUGUGUUUUGCACUUUAUAAUCUCUGUUGCUCGGUUUGUGUUUUAUUUCUCAAAAUGUCUCCCAUUUUGUCCCAACGCAUAUAGUUGUAUUUUUAUAUUUAAUGGUCACCGUUUUUAACUGCCCAAAUGGCAGCAGGCAAGAUCAUUCAGCAAAGCAAGAGAGUUAUUUCUUACUGCUUGUUAGAAGUUUAAAGUGUAUGUUGUGUAUAUACUGUAAUUUAAAAUGAAGCUUUUAAUAAAAUAAAUGCCUUCAAACAUGAA